UAAUAGUUAAAACAUUUUAAACUUUCAUCAUUAUUUUUUAACAGUUUAACCAAUUUUUUAAUUAAUUUAGGAAUGAUCUCUGCCAUUAUGAAACGUGGGGAAAACAAAUGAGUUGUAAUAACAGUAACAACAAUAAUAAAACUUUUGAUUUGAUUACUGAAUAUGAUAUAGUUAAAUUUAAAACAGACAUAGCCCAAUCAUACUAUCAAAAAACAUCCUACUGAAAUAAAUGAAGUUUACGUGUACUAAACAGUAUUUUUCGUUCGUCUUUAUAAGACAGCAAAAACUUUUAACUACUCCUACAUUCCCUAACUAUUCUCACAUUAUCUAAACUGCAUUCUCUGCAGUUUACAACUCGGCUCACAAUUUUCAAAACAUUAAAAAUGCCGAUGCCCUUCCGUUGGCUUCAUAUCCUCGAUUGCGUUUGCGCACUUCCUAGCAAAGCGCACAUCCCGACCGGUAACCCAGAACGCUUUCUUCAAACCCUCACGCAGGACUUCCUCGUUCCUGGACCUCAACACGUGACUGGUAGAGAUCCUCCCCGUACAAUGUUGCUUUAGUGAGGUGCCUAGGACAUCUGACUCGUUUAGCUGAAGGUCAAUUUCAAGGGAGCCGGCUCUUGGCGCAGCGAGAAAUCAGCGUGACUCAUACGUGGGAACGAGGCUUCAUUGCUGCAGAUCUUCACGUUCCACAUGCCAAUUGCCGCAUCAUCCCAGCGACGUCGCAGGAGGCGGGCGAUUACCCGGAAUGGCCCUGCCCUGCCUUCCCUUUCUUAGCGAAUGAUUGAAUGGAAAGCAUCUGUUUACCUCCACUAGAAAAGAGGGAGGAGUGGUGCUCUACCAGCCCACUCUUUGGCUUAACCUAUCUUAGUCUUGGUCCGAAGGGAAGGGGGCGCUUCCAGAUGACUUGUUUUAGUCAAGUGCCACUACAGUUGCAAAGAUGGCUGUGCUAAGUUCGUUUCCGACCGAACUGAAGCGACUGCUGGAGAAAGAUCCCUACUUGACUCCUUUUGAGCAAGACUUCCAGCGCAGGUACGAUACAUUUCAUCGCAUAUUAAAGAAGAGUGAAGAAAAUGAAGGCGGUCUCAACAAAUUCACAAAGAGUUACCAAACAUUUGGAAUCAACAGAUUCAGUGAUGGAGGAUUAUACUGUAAAGAAUGGGCUCCUGGUGCAGAAGCAGUAUUUCUUACUGGUGAUUUUAAUAACUGGAAUCCAUUUUCCCAUCCAUACAAGAAAAUGGAUUUUGGGAAAUGGGAAUUGUUCAUUCCACCUGGACCAGAUGGGUUUCGCCCUGUUUCUCAUGGAUCCAAACUGAAGUUGGUGAUAAGAACCAAAACUGGAGAGGUCCUUUAUCGCAUUUCUCCUUGGGCUAGAUAUGUAGUUCGUGAGGGUACCAAUGUGAAUUAUGAUUGGAUACACUGGGAGUCAUCAACUCCAUAUAAAUGGAAACAUCCCAUUCCUAAGAAACCCAAAAGUAUGAGAAUCUAUGAAUCACAUGUGGGAAUUGCUUCCCCUGAAGGGAAAAUAGCUUCAUAUAAAAACUUUACAUACAAUGUUCUUCCAAAAAUCAAAGAUCUUGGAUAUAACUGUAUUCAGUUGAUGGCUGUGAUGGAACAUGCUUACUAUGCAAGUUUUGGUUACCAGAUCACAAGUUUUUUUGCAGCAUCAAGUCGAUACGGCCCUCCAGAUGACUUGAAGGAACUGAUUGAUGUUGCCCACUCAAUGGGAAUCACAGUUCUAUUAGAUGUUGUGCACAGUCAUGCAUCAAAGAAUUCUGAAGAUGGCCUGAACAAUUUUGAUGGUACAGAUUCAGCAUUUUUCCAUUCUGCUGCUAGAGGAACACACGUUCUUUGGGAUAGUCGACUUUUUGACUAUGCAAACUGGGAAGUCCUGAGAUUUCUUCUCUCCAAUUUAAGAUGGUGGAUAGAAGAGUAUGCCUUUGAUGGGUUUCGAUUUGAUGGGGUAUCAUCUAUGCUAUAUCACCAUCAUGGGAUUGGUGAAGGCUUUAGUGGAGAUUACAAUGAAUAUUUUGGUAUGCAUGUUGAUGAAGAUGCGGUGGCCUACCUAAUGAUGGCAAACUACAUGAUACAUAUUUUGCAUCCAGAAUGUAUAACUAUAGCAGAGGAUGUGUCUGGAAUGCCAGCACUUUGUUGUCCAAUAAUUGAAGGAGGAUGUGGAUUUGAUUACCGGAUGGCCAUGGCAAUUCCUGACAAAUGGAUUCAGAUAAUUAAGGAGCGUAAGGAUGAGGACUGGGACAUGGGAAACAUUGUGUUUACUUUAACAAACAGGCGACAUGGAGAGAAGUACAUUGCCUACGCAGAGAGUCAUGAUCAGGCCCUUGUUGGUGAUAAGACUUUGGCUUUUUGGCUGAUGGAUGCAGAGAUGUAUAACUAUAUGAGUGUUCUGUCACCUUUCACACCGGUUAUUGAUCGAGGAAUACAGCUUCAUAAAAUGAUACGACUCAUUACUCAUUCUCUUGGAGGAGAAGGCUACCUCAAUUUCAUGGGUAAUGAAUUUGGACAUCCAGAAUGGUUAGACUUUCCUAGACAAGGCAAUAAUGAAAGCUACCAUUAUGCAAGGAGACAGUUUAAUUUAGCUGAUGAUCAACUUCUUCGCUAUAGAUUCCUAAAUGUGUUUGACAGAGAUAUGAAUAAAUUGGAAGAAAAGUUCGGCUGGCUUGCAUCACCUCCGGCCUAUGUGAGUGAAAAGCAUGAAUUAAACAAAAUUAUUGCUUAUGAAAGGGCAAAUCUCCUAUUUAUAUUUAAUUUUCAUCCAUCCCAAAGUUACACGGAUUACCGUGUAGGUGUAGAAACACCAGGAAAAUAUAAAAUUGCCUUGGAUUCUGAUGCUCCAGAGUAUGGAGGACAUAAUAGACUGGAUCAUACUACAGAAUUUUUUUCUCAGCAGUAUUCACAUAACCAUCGAUCUAAUUCUCUUUUGCAACCCAAUGCACUGAAUGAAAGUGAUGGCCAAAGCCGUGGACACCAGCACACACACUACUUGAAGGUAUACAUUCCAAGCAGAGUGGCAAUAGUGCUUCAAAACAUGGAUGUUCAGAUGUAAAGACUUGCAACUGGCUCCAUUACUUUGAAGGCCAAGUAAUAUUUGAUGAUAAUGGCAUCCAAAAUACUGUUUUUUUCUGCAUAAGUGUGUGUUCAUACUAAGAAAUUCAAAUGAACAUUUAUUUAUUCAUAAUUACAAAUAUACUAUAAAAUGUUUAUUCAAAGAGAUGAUCUAUAAUCAUGAAAGAACAAAUGUAUUAUGAACAAUUUGUAUUACAGAACUGAAUUUCAGAAACAGUUUGUUCUCACAUAAAGAUUGAAGUAUGUUACAAGGCAUGUUCAAAAAUUGAUUGCUGUAUUUCCAGAUUUAUUCUAAUCACAUGUAGGUGUAUUUUUCUCAUUAGAUUCCAUUUUGUUUUAGAAAUAAGUAGCCAUGUGAUGCACUAACACUGGAUUCCAGAUCUAAGUUGUACUGUGUUUUCCUGAGAUUAUUACAAGGAAAAUAACGGUUUGUUGAAAAACUAAUAAACCCUUUUUAUGGAAAGACCCCAAGAAUAAAGGAACCUCAUUGAAAGUACGAUAUUGAGCUCAUAAAUUUAGGUCUGUAAAAAUAAAAAACUAUAGAAUGUCUUUUAAAAUGUGCCUAUUUUAAAAAAACUGUUACAAAAUAAAGUUAUUAAUUUAUGUAUUCUAUCUAGAGUGUUAGGACUCAUUCAUUAUUUAUUGCCCAAGUAUGAUUGGACACACAAGGAAUUUGUCUCAGGUGCAUAAACUCUCAGUGUACGUACAAGCAACAAAUAAUAAAUCGUGGUCAUAAUCAUAAAAUACAAUCAUCAUAAAUCAUAAGCUACAAACCCAGUGAUAGUCAUAGGAUACUAAAUAAGCAAACAACAAAUAAAGACAAUCAACAUAAACCAUGAGAUACAAAUAACGAAGUUAUGGUCAUGAGAAGCUAAGGAAAUAGAUAAUAGGAAAAAUGAAAAGAUGAGAAGGAUAAUAAGUAAUAUAGCCCUACUAGGUGGUUUGACAUCCUAGGGAUAGACAGUGUUGUGAGAAUUAGUUGUUUAGCAGAGUGAUAGCAUGGGGGGGAACUGUCUUUGUGUCGGUUGUUUUGUCGUGCAGUGCCCUUCUUGAGGGAAGAAGUUGAAGCAGUUUAUGUCCAGGAUGUAAGAGGUCUAUAGAUAUUUUCAUAGCUCUCUUUCUGGUUCGUGCAGUGUAAAGCUCCUCAAUGGAAGGCAGGUUGAUUGCAAUUAUUUUUUCUGCAGUCCUAACUAUCCAUUGAAGUCUGUGUCUGUCUAGUUUGGUUGUUGUGCUAAAUCAGAUAGCUAUAGAGGUAAAGAAAUAAACAUUUAACUUUUAACUCUGUAAAAUUUUAAAAACAAAUUAAACCAUAUUCACUUUCGUAAUUUUUUUUACCAUGUAGACAUUUUUAAAAGUCCUAACAAUUUCAAAUGUUUUUUCAAUGAAAAUUCAUAUUCAUUUGUAUUAAAGACUGUCACUGGCGUUGUGCCAUCUGCAUUAUCAGUUUAGUUACACUGCUGACUAGUUACGACUUAAUAUCUUUUGAAACCAAACUAUGUCAGUUAUCACUGAACAACGAUAGAGAAUUAUUUUUAUAAAGCUAAAAAUGUGGUAUUUAAUGUUACCUGUAAAAAAGUUAAUACCAGUAGCAGGUAUAAAAGAUUGAAUUCUGAAUUUCCAGAACUGUAAAAAUAUCUUGUAUAAAAAGUAACUUCAGUUCUGUUUUACAGUCAGUAUUGAUAUGUAAAUAUCAAAAAUAUUCAGGACAGAAUUUGUGAGUUGUUAUUUUGCUGUUUUUGUCAAGACCAUAUCACCAGUGCCUUCCCAACUUUCCCUUAUGAUAGCUACUAUAGAUCAAGUUUCUUAGUAUCAUGUCUAAUUGGCAUGCUCUGCUUCAAAACUAUCUGGAAACAUUUUAAUGCAUCUCCAAACCAUUCAUUUUAGAUAAAUGAAUUUUAAAUAAAAAUUGCAGAAUUUAUUCCUACCAACCCUAAAACCUAGGUAAUAUUUGUCAUCCUGCCCACAUAUUUACACAAACAUUAUCAGACAAGAAUAGGUGAGACGUUUGAAAUAAACAUCUCAUAAACCUAGUGAAUAAGAUUGCUCCUAUUAAUAAUGUUACUGGAAUACAGAGGUACAGUAUAUACCAGGAAUGUCAAACUGCCGGCCCAUGGGCCAGAUGUGUCAUGGCAAAACCAUGCCCACCCCAUUGCUGGCAAUGGAAAGAAAUUGGCGAUACGUUGCAACGUCAUACGACAUUGCGAGUUUAACACCCCUGAUAUAUAUAAAUGCUAUAACACCUGAUGUAUUCAAUUCUCUGAAAAUCAUAAAUUAUAAGGUUUAGAUUAAUUACCUGUUCAACAGUUUGCAGUUUCCUGAAGAAAAUUCAGAUAGUUAUAUAAAAGUUAUAAAAUUCAGAUAAGUCUUUCAGCCUAGAGAUAAAAUAAACAGUCCCAUAAAUUCAGGUGCACUUUUAUUAAAUUUACACAUUGCACAUAAUAUAAUAAACAUGCUAUUGUUUCUAGAUUUCCAUAUGUAUGUAAGGAUAUUGUCCAUAUCAGACUUUUGUGUAAGAAAAUAGUACGUGUAAUGAGAUGUUAUAGAAUGAUGUGCAAAUAAAGAAAUGUAAAAUU